AUGCAUACCCCAACUACAAUCCGUCUCCUUACCACCGGGCUUAUCGCAGCGGCCUCCGUUGCCGGCUUCACCGGACCUGCUACCCAGGCUCUGUCGCUCCGCUAUGCUGGUGCCCUAAUCGCCGCGGCUGUGCCUGCCAUGGCGGCACCUGCCAUGGAGGUUGUUGAACUUGAGGCUCGUAAUGAUGAUGAUCAUAUCGAAGCCCGCAGCCCCAUCCCAGAGCCCAAGAAAAACAAGGGAAAGAAGAACAAGAAGGGCAAGAAGAAGGCGAAGGCCAGUGGCACUGCUGCUGCUGCGGCGGCUACUUCUGCCGCUGCAAAGCGAGAGACUGCCCCAGAGACUCCGGCCUUGAUUAGCGGAAAACUCUCAAUUCAAAACCAGUCGAUUGAUACAGAGGUCUCGUUCUACGUCAGAUGUUGGAUUGCAUCGCUCACAUCGGGUCGACUGUCUAUGUAG